AUGACUAGGCAGUCCCGUCGGGUUGCUUCUACUAUCCAACCAUCUUCUCCAAAUUCAACAGUUAAAUAUCAAGAUAAAUCAACAUCCUGUCGUACUCCUUCCACUUCUAAAAACACUCUUCGUAAUCCAACAUCACCUCAAAUUAAUAAUCUUUCACCAGUCAAGACAAGUAGCACUACACAAGUUAGUUCAUCGGGUACUAAUAAUUCAAACAAAAGAAGAACCAGUGGUAUUAAUCAUACAUGCUCUCCUAUCAAGAUGCAACAACCAAUUGUACAAAAUAUCGAGCAAGUUAACCAACAAACAACGACAUCUAUCAACUCUUACUCACCCACCAUUAAUAGUUCACCUUGUCCCCAGUAUGAUACUAAUGAUAUUACGGAUAUGGAAGAUGACAAUAACUCUAACUUCACACUAGUCAAACACAAACAAUCUAAUAAUAAAAAUAAAAAAGCAAAAACUGAUUCUGAUCCAAAAGAUAUACCUUCAUCAGUUACGACAAUUAUUUCCAACUCGGCAAAUGUUAUUUCCAAUUCUACAUCGUUUAAUACUGCCAGUAUUAUUGCUACUGAGAGUAUUCCAACAAUUAAUGAUCGUACACAUCCUCCAACAGAUACAAAUUAUACUUCUGAUACUAGCUGUAAUCCAAACGAAAUCUCUGAACAAGCUCUCAGAUUUGCUGAAACACGUUACGCCUUUCCAGCUUUCGUUAUUAAAUUUAAUAUAGAUGUGAUCGAAAAAAAUAUCAUUCAACAUUUGAUGAAACAUUUCACAAUGAAUUAUAAUUUCGAUAUAGCACUUGCAGGACAUCGUAUGAAAAACAAACGUGAAUUAAUUUUGUUUGCCAGUAACAGAGAAUCAUUUGCUAUGUUGUAUGAUGAUCAAAAAUGGCCAAAUACUAUUGACUCAUUAAUGUUUAUCAAAAUUAAACCAAGCCAUUUACCACCUCAGUUCUCAUUAAUGCUUCGUAAUGUUCCAGUGGAUAUGGAAGUAAAUGAUCUUCUCUUAGAAACAAAAAAUGAUUAUCCUGAAAUUAUUAGUGCACACAGAAUUACGAAUAAAUACAAUCAACCAACAACAUUCGUUCGUAUCGACAUUAACAAGGUGGAGGUCAUCGAAGAACUUAGGAGUAAGAAAUAUAUUUAUGUAAAUUAUAUUCGUAUUACAGUUACCGAAUACUUGGCACCAGCCAAGGUGCUGGUUUGUAACAAAUGUUUUAGGAUCGGUCACUUCAGAAGUACCUGUCCAAGUAAAAUUGAAUAUUGUCGAACAUGUGGUGAAGGUGUUACCAAUAUCAAUGAACAUAAAACAACGUGUAACAAAAUACAAUGCUGUAUACGAUGCAAAGGUUCACAUGAUUCAAAUGAUGUUAGAUGUCCAGACAUCAAAAUUUUUCGUUCGGCUUUAACUAAAGUUCUUCUUGAUCCAUCAGGUGCAAAACAUCAUUAUAAGCAAAAUGAGCAACCGCAUUACUCUCAACGUUAUCAACAACUCAGUCAAGUUAAUCAACAACAUCAACUGGUCAACCAACAGCAUCAAAAGGUUUCAUAUAUUAAUAAUCGUAAUGCCUGGUCCACAUCAAAUGACACAAAUACAAAGAUCGAUGAACUGUCUAAUAAAAUUAACAAAUUAGAUUCCAACUUAAAUCGAUUAAUAGAUCUGAAUAACAAAUAUUUAGACCAAUUUAACAACAUUCAAACUGUAGUUGAAAGACAUCAACACAUAACGGAAUUACAACAAGCUGAUAUCUCGUUUCAGCAUGAUUUUACUAGUCAAUUUAUUUCUCCAAUAUGUCAAAUGAUUAUUGAAGUUAUUCCGAUGUUAGUUAAACAGAACACUAUUAAUAAUAAUACGUUAUUAUGUCCAUCUCUUACCAACUUAUGUGAUAAACUAGCUGGUGAAUUAUCCAAUUGGACAAAUAAAUUUGCACAAACGGAAAGCCUUAAAACAAAACUCAUCAUGAAUUAUAAUAAUAAGAACCAAGGUUCUCCAAGUACUAACAAUAACAACAACUGUAACAACAACAUUAGUAGCACAUCCUCCAACAACGUACAACAACAUCAUCUUCAAACAUCCAAUCAAUAA